AUGACGGAAGCCAAGCGACCUAGGGAAGAUUCUAGACCUGCAGAUGGUGUGAAGCGGCAGAAGAGCAUUGCAGAGUUCUUUGGAUCAAAGCAAACCAAUUUGAAAAAAGCGGCCAAUUCUGAAAAGAAGUACUCUGAUGCCGAUGCAGAAACAGGAACAGCUGCUGGCCAGCAGGAUGCCAAGUUAAAAAAUAUGGAUGACAUUACCAAAAGCCCCAAAACGAAGCUCGUCGAAAAAUUGACUGCCGAACAAAAGCGGCUUUUAGCGCUAGAAAUAGAUACGUUAGACGACGCCUGGUUUGAAAAACUCAAAGAAGAGUUCCAGAAGCCCUAUUUUUUAAAGCUUAAAGAAUUUGUCACUGCAGAGCAAGUCCAAUGUACGGUUUUCCCUCCACCGCAGGACAUUUAUUCCUGGAGCCGACUCACGCCUUUUGAUAAAGUGAGAGUGGUAGUGAUCGGCCAAGAUCCCUACCACAAUUACAACCAGGCUCAUGGACUUGCUUUUAGCGUUCGAAAUCCUACGCCUGCGCCUCCCUCACUAAGAAACAUCUACAAAGAACUGCGUGAGAACAACUACGCGGAUUUUCAAGCGGACAACAAAGUGGGAGAUCUGAGUCACUGGGCUAAGCAGGGAGUCUUGCUACUCAAUACGUCGCUCACGGUGAGGGCACAUAACGCAAAUUCGCAUUCGAAGCACGGGUGGGAACAGUUUACGAAGAGAGUGGUACAAACGCUUAUACAUGACCGGAGGCAGACGAAAAAGCCACUUGUCUUUCUAUUGUGGGGGUCGAACGCAAUGAAUUUGGUCCAGAACAUUCUUGGUACGCCCCCAAGCAAUAUCCUAGUACUCAAGUCCGUACAUCCAUCCCCACUUUCAGCCAGUCGCGGUUUCUUCGGAAACCAGCAUUUUCGGAAAAUCAACGACUGGCUCUAUGACCACAAUGACUACAUGAUUGAUUGGAGUGUUGUUGAAGGUGCCCAACUCAGCGAAGUCGAGAAAAAGAAUCUGGUAUUAGAUGUAUAG